GAGUUGGGGUGGAGGAGAGGUGGGUAAGUGGAAGAGGGAACAGAGACAUGGGCUAACAAGGAUACACUGUCACAGAGAGAAACCCCCCAAGUCUGCAGCUGGGCUUACAACAGGAUGGAUGGAGCAAGUGAGCUGUGUGAGUGAUGAAAGCAAAAGCUGACAUGAAUUGUGUUGGGAAGACUUUUUGUGCCUUCGUUCUGCUCACUGUCACUGUGGCCAUGGUACCAAUGGAAAACAUCAGAGUGUCUAAAAUAGCUGGUUCCAGCGUUAAUCUGACCUGUGGUGUCAUUUCAAGGGGGGAUCUGGUAGUAGUGACAUGGAAGAUAAGACCAAGGACUGGAAAUCACUGCGCACUGGCAUACAGAACUGAUCAGAACAAGACAGACAGAACAAACUGCAGUGAGAGAAUGGAUUGGAAAUCUAGCCCUGAAACUGAUAGUGCGCUUCAGAUACGGCAAGUGACACUCACGGAUGAGGGAUGUUAUAUCUGUGAAGCGGUAACUAGUGCUGAAAAUUUGCGUCGUACCUACACUCUGACUGUAUUAGUCUCUCCUGAAGUGACCUUGACCUGUUACAGUAAUGGGACUGCUGUGUGCAAGGCAGCUGCAGGGAAACCAGCUGCACAGAUCUCUUGGGACCCAAAUGGAGAUCCCAGGACUGAGCUUGAAAAUCACACAGAUGGGAUAGUGACUGUGCUCAGUAUAUACAGCCCCAGAGAGACCAGUAUAACCUGCCUGGUGUCUCAUCCGGCUUGGAACACAAGCCAAUCCAAGGAAUGCCCAUCAGACAAUGGAAACAUGUUUCUUCGACAUUUCUCCAUCUGUGCUGGUCUCCUGGGCAUCUUCUUCAUUCUGGUUUUCGUUUUCUUUUGUAAGCUCCACUGUGGCAGAAUUUGUUAUUAACCCAAAAUCCCUGAGACUGCUCCCACACACAACGUGCAGGAUAGUAAUGAGCAGCAGGAAUUUGAGCCCUACGCCAGCUAUUUGCAGAAGGAAAAUGUGAUCUACAACACAGUGUAUGAAGUAACAGUGAGUGAAGA